CUCCGUAAUAUCAUUGAUCCAAGUCAAACAACAUCAAAUAUUAAUCAAAAAAAUGAACAAACUGUUUUAUGGAAGAUUUACGGUACUUUCACCAAACACAACACUUUAUUGACUUUGGUCUCGGUGAAAGAAGAUUUGAACUUCUUGGAAAAGAACACCGAUUUAUCUUAUAAUGAAAAAGUCUUAUACUAUCUUAACUUACCUCAUCAUACUGAAUUUACUUUGAGUGCCGGGAAAUUGGGUUUUAGAAAAGCCCAAAGAUCAGAACUGGAAGCUGCUUACCAAGUAAGUUAUCGUUUUUUCAAAAUGAUUGAAGAUCGUAAUCUCUUAAAUCAUAAUGAUAAAAUUGAAGUCAUUUUGAAAAAUUUCGGUCAAGGUAGAGAUAUUUUUUUAUCUGCUUUAACUGGUAAAGAAGGUUCCAAUAUACAACCUCAUGUGGUUAGAUUAAUUGAUGCUACUUCCUUGAAAUUCGGUGGGGAUCGUCCAAAAUCUCAACGUCGUUUA